ACAGCCCAGCGCACCAGUAACCUUGUCUGAUGUGAUCAUUAACCUUUGUGGAAGAGGCAGCUGGCAGCUCUCCGAGGUCUGUCCUUAGAAUGUGAGGGAGGCGCGCGGAUACUGCUCAGGCUGGUCACAGGCUGUUUUACUCUGAGAGCUACUGCUUCACUUGCCCGGGCUUGGAAAAAUGAGAUUCCAACGAUUCUUCCUUGUGUUUUUCGUUUUCAUGAUGAGUCUCUUUUUUAUCAACGGACAGAGACCAGUCAACCUGGCCAUAAGAAGAAAAUUUCACAGACACAACUGCCUGCAGAGGAGAUGCGUGCCUCUUCACUCCCGAGUGCCCUUCCCCUGAGCUUGCUCCACGGGGUCUGCCUGAGGAAGAGGAGGGAAGAGUCCAGCCACCCAAGAAAACCUCACUAGGACCACGUGUGGUUGUCUGGAAGUUCCUG